AUGAUCCGACUGCCUUGUCGCAUUCCUGGUUGCAAACGGGUCUUCAAAAAUAAGUCAGGCCAAACGAAGCAUGUCCGCACAGCACACAGCCUUUUGCACAAUCGUGUAGCCUUCCAUCAAGCAGCUCCUGACCUUCGCUCUCCAAGUCUUGAGAAUCCUGCCUUUGAUGAUCGGCCUCCAAGUCCCCAGCACCAUGACUUUGAUGAAAAUAAUGAUGGAGUGUUUAUGCCAGAGGAGGGCAUGCAGUUGGGGCCACUGUUCCGGACGUUCCAUCCUCUUCUUACAGGCCGAAAGUGCGAUAUUUACGGCAACUUUAUUAACCAGAAUGCACCUCCACCAUCCAGAACUGAAGCCUCACCUACUGACUGGACACCAUAUGAAAGCCAGGUUGCAUUUGAGACAGCAGAGUUCUUAUAUACACAUAACCAAAUGUCUGCGGCUCAAAUUGACACUCUUCUCGACCUCUGGGCAGCAACACUUAUUCAACACAAUGAUAGUCCUCCUGAUGUCGCCUGGGAGACUUUCACCAUGUCUUAUAAUGGAGUCAAGCCAGCUGAAGACAUUCCGCCCUGGAUGACUGCCAAAUACGAUGUGUGGUUCCGUGAUCCGCAUCUACUUGUUCAUCACAUGCUUUCCAACCCUGACUUUGACGCCAAGAUAGAAUAUGUUCCAUAUCGGGACUAUACUAACAAUGAUCAGCAUUGUUACAAGAACUUUUUCUCUGGUGAUUGGGCCUGGAAGCAAGCGGACAUUAUUGUGGAGGAUCCAGAAACUCACGGAUCGACCUUUGUGCCUUUAAUCAUUGGCAGUGACAAGACUACAAUCUCGGUCGCUAUGGGACACACUGAGUAUCAUCCACUCUAUAUGUCAAUUGGCAAUAUUUUCAAUGGAGUUCAGCGCACACAUCGCAACGGUGUAGUACUGGUGGGUUUUCUGGCUAUUCCCAAAAGCACAAAGGAACAUUUGGACAACAAAGACUUCCGCAAUUUCCGGUGUCAAAUGUUUCACUCCUCACUCACCAAGAUAUUUGAGUCUGUGAAGUUGAAUAUGACGAUCCCUGACAUUGUGCACUGCCCUGAUGGUCAUUAUCGACGUAUCAUCUAUGGGCUAGGCCCAUACAUAGCAGAUUAUCCGGAGCAACUCAUGCUGUCAGGAGUUGUUCAACACUGGUGUCCAAAGUGUCUAAAUCAUCGUAAGAAUCUCGACAGCUGUGGCCCAUCUUUGCUCCUGUGCCAAGAACACACCGACCUCCUGGUUCAAGAACUGCAGCAUGCUCACCUCUGGCAUGAAUAUAGCAUCAUUCAAGAGGUUGUGCCAUUCACAAAUGAUUUCCCUCAAGCCGAUAUCCACGAACUUAUCUCUCCGGACAUCCUGCACCAGAUCAUCAAGGGGACAUUUAAAGAUUACCUUGUUGACCAGGUAGAAGAAUAUUUGUUACUCACACACAGGGCUUCAUGCGCAGCUGAAAUUAUGGAUGAUAUUGAUUGA